CAUCCGCCGGACCUGUUAGUAAACAACAGCCUCAGUUUAAAGACGCUAGGCUAGCUACAGUGUGUCGUUUCUACGUCUGGUUAACAAUUUAAAUGUAGUUUAUUUAUUUAUUUAUUAAUGUAGUGCGCAGAUAAAUAAUUCCGUUUGUGAUGAAGAUUGAUAUCUGUGUUCUAGCAGGAUGAUCUCGCAGGUCUUCGUCUUGUCCUCCAAAGGCGACCGCCUCGUCUACAAAGACUUCCGAGGAAACGCCGGAAGUGACCUCGUCAGCGGUUUUUAUGAGAAAGUGACGGCGCUGACCGGCGACCAGCCGCCGGUUGUCAUGAGACACAAAGAGGUCCACUUUGUCCACGUCCGGCAGGGAGGACUCUACUUGGUUGCCACGACAACGGCAGACUCCUCCCCCUUCGCGGUCAUUGAGUUCCUGAACAGGUUCGCUGCCCUGGUGAAAGAUUACUGCGGCGGACUGUCGGAGAAGUCGGUGCAGAUGAACUUCGCGCUCAUCUACGAACUUCUGGACGAGAUGGUGGAUUACGGUUACGUCCAGUCCACGUCGUCUGACGUCCUGAAGAACUUCAUCCAGACGGAGGCGGUCUCGCCGCGACCCUUCAGCCUCUUCGACCUCGCCAACGUGGGCCUGUUCGGAGCCGACACCCAGCAGAGCAAAGUGGCGCCGAGUUCUGCCGCCACAAGGCCGAUACAGGUACGGCAUCACAUGACCCGCCUUCAGGCAGGAAACUUCCACCUGCGCGUGUGUGUGUGUGUGCAGGGAGGGAAGAGUGAGAUAUUUGUGGACGUCAUCGAGAGGAUGACGGUGGUGAUCGGCGCCAACGGCGUGCUGAUGAAGGCGGACGUGCAGGGCGAGGUCAAGGUCAAGUGCUUCCUGCCCAGCUGCUCAGAGAUCCGCAUCGGCCUCAACGAGGACUUGAGUGUCGGCGCGUCGCAACUCCGAGGUUACGGCACGACGGUCCGAGUCGAUCAGUGCAGCUUCCACCCAGCGGUCCGACUGGAAGAGUUUGACAGCCACCGGAUCCUGCGACUCAGCCCGAGCCACGGCGAGCAAAGCGUCAUGCAGUACCAGCUGGCCGACCAUCUUCCCUCCGCCCCGCCCUUUCGCCUCUUUCCCGCCAUCGAGAAGGACAGCGGCGGCAGGCUGCUGAUGUACUUGAAGCUACGCUGCGACCUGCCACCUAAAAGUGCCGCCGUCAACGUGGGCGCCACCAUACGGGUCCCUAAAGGCUGCGUCAGCAUGUCGCAGGAGCUCAGCAGUCCGGACCAGAGCGCGGAGCUGAGUCCGCAGAGCCGAGCCGUGCUCUGGACCAUCCCGCGCUUCCAGGGAGGGACGCAGCUCUCCGCCCUGUUCAAGCUGGACGUCCCCGCCCUAAGCUCCGCCUCCAUGAUGGAGGUCGGCCCGGUGGGUCUGAGCUUCGAGCUGCCCAAGACCACCGCCACCGGCCUCCACGUCCGCUUCCUGCGCCUGUCGCCCGUCCAGCCCGGCCCCGCCCAGCGCUGGGUCCGCUACGUCACGCACUCGGACUCCUACACCAUCCGCGUUUGAGUUACCGACGCGUUCUCCACACAGCGCCACCCACCGGCCCCAGUUAUUCAGUUAUUCAGCCUCUGCGACCAUUACGUCACGUGACGUCAGCAUGGGAAUCAGCACCUCCAAGUCCGAGUCCAUGGUUCUCGCCCGGAAAAGGGUGGAGUUUUUGAUUGAUUGAAACUUUUAUUAGUAGAUUGCACAAUACAGUACAUAUUCCGUACAAUUGACCACUAAAUGGUAACACCCGAAUACGUUUUUCAACUUGUGUCUUCUUGUCAACAAACGGGGUAUUGUUUGGAUGGCAAGUUUGUUGUAUCAAUCCUUGAUUUGUUGUUCAAUAUUCUUUUCACCGGAUUGUUUUACCUUGGUUUAAUAAAGAGAUUAAAUGUG